AUCCCGCGCCCAGAGGGUUGGCGUCUCAGUCCCAGAGCCUGGGAACCGCGCAGCUUCUCGCGUCCCGACUCCAGCGCGGACCCACACGGGACCUGGACUCAAAGCUUCUCCGGUGCCAGCUCAGGGAGCAGGGCUCUCCGCACUAACUUCUUCCGCGCGGCUCCGUCACUCCGGGCAGUGCCCGGUGCGCACCUGCCAACUCCGCCUUCUGCACCUGCCACCCCUGAGCCAGCGCGGGCACCCAAGCGAGCCAUGGCCAACGCGGGGCUGCAGCUCUUAGGCUUCAUCCUGGCCUUCCUGGGCUGGAUCGGCUCCAUUAUCAGCACGGCACUGCCCCAGUGGAAGAUUUACUCCUAUGCGGGGGACAACAUCGUGACGGCCCAGGCCAUCUACGAGGGGCUGUGGAUGUCCUGCGUGUCGCAGAGCACCGGGCAGAUUCAGUGCAAAGUCUUCGACUCCUUGCUGAAUCUGAACAGUACAUUGCAAGCCACCCGCGCUUUGAUGGUGAUUGGCAUCCUGCUGGGACUGAUAGCCAUCUUUGUGGCCACAAUUGGCAUGAAGUGUAUGAAGUGCUUGGAAGACGACGAGGUGCAGAAGAUGCGGAUGGCUGUCAUUGGGGGCGUGAUCUUUCUUAUUGCAGGUCUGGCUGUUUUAGUUGCCACAGCAUGGUAUGGCAAUAGAAUUGUUCAAGAAUUUUAUGACCCCAUGACCCCAGUCAAUGCCAGGUAUGAAUUUGGUCAGGCUCUCUUUACUGGCUGGGCUGCUGCCUCUCUCUGCCUUCUGGGAGGUGCCCUACUUUGCUGCUCCUGUCCCCGAAAAACAACAUCUUACCCAACACCGCGGCCCUAUCCAAAACCUGCACCUUCCAGUGGGAAAGACUAUGUGUGACACAGAAGCAAAAGGAGACAGCAGCUGUUGAAACAAAUAGAAAGUGGACAUUGAAAUACUGUCAUUGACAUUAGGACUUUAGACUUUUGACUAUUGUAGUAUGAACUACGGUAUUGCAAAAAAACAACAAAUGCAAAAAAAAAAGUUAUUUUUUUAAAAUGCACAUUGCUAAAAAUGGCUUAGUUUUAUUUUACCUCCUUUCCUCAAUGCAGGAGGGAAGCCUUUUCCAUUUUUAUUACUGCUUCCCACUGAGUAAUCAUCUCAAAUGUGGGGAAGGGGAGCUCCUUAAAUAUAUAUAGAUAUGUACAUAUACAUGUUUUUCUAUUAAAAGUUAGAUAGCAAAAAUUCUUAUUAUGUUGGUACCAGAAUACUUAAAAUAUAUCUAAAAAAAGAAAAAGAUAUUUAAUUCUAUAUUGAUUUAAAAAGUAGUUUAUCUGGUAUAUUUUUCUUUUUCUAUAUGGACACAUAUAUAAUAGGUGAAAUAUUAUUUUCCCACUUUCAUCAGCUUUUACCAUCUUUGACAAAAGACCUAACCUGCUUUACUAAGUAUGGAUUUUACUUCUUCACAUGUGGCUUUUCAUGUGCUUCUUUUAUAUUAUUUUUAAUUAUGAUCUUAUAGCAUGUGCUUUCAUCUUCCUUCAUGCCUUUUUUUUUUUUAUGAGGUUGAGCUUAAAUCUUGAAUCUGAUAACACAUUUCAUAAGCCUACAAUUUAAUUCCAAGAGUCAGGAAGAAUCUCUUACAGAUCAGAACUUUGGGAGCAUGUCUUUCUGCAAGACCAAGAUGAUAUGUUCCUGCUUACUUUCCACACGAUUUCUGGACUCUGACCUACAGUGCUCUUGUUUGCUUUGAAAAUAUUUGUCUGAUUCAGUUGCUUUGUGCUGCUUUCCCAAGUGUUGUAACACAAUUUUAUUGAUUGAAUUUUAAGCUACUUAUUCACAGUUGUGUAUGCCCUCAAACUUUUUCUCCCCCACCCACCUCAACUGUAUUGUUUUCUCCGAUGUACUUAUCGUGUAGUUUACCCCUUUCUAGAGAGAAAAUGGCUCAUUUGUCUGUUUGGUCUGAAUGAAGUACUAGACUUCCUGUAGUGAUAAUCUGAUGACAGAUAUUCUCUCUCUAACUGUAAGCAAGUCACCUAGUCUUUCUCCUCUUUUCCCACCUGUCAAAUUGAGAUAAUGACACUUAACCAGCUGGUAGAGGCGGUGUGAGUAUUAAUUAGUUGAUAUUAUGCUCAUUCUUUGAACAUGAACCAUGCUUAAGUAGUGUUUUUAUUUGCUCAGUUGGCGGUUAAGUCACGGAAUCAAACCUAUGAACACAUUUUUAUAUUGGUUGGCACCUUCCUUUCUUCAUUGGCCCAUCUCCUUUCUAUGAACGGUGUCUAGCAUGCUUUUGGUUCUCCGCUCCAUUUUAACAAUUGCUCUUAGUUUUCCUGACUGAGAAAUUGUUACUUCACACGAGCAAGAUGAUGUAAUGGAAAGGUGUUGGCUUUGGUGACUGGAGUCUUGGUGCUAUCAAUUACUGUUUGGGUUUCAGCAAGGCACUUGGCUGCCCUAGAUUCAGUGCCUCAUCUGUAAAAAGGAGAUUGAAAUUCUUGACCUGCCUACCUCACAGGGCUGUUGUGGGGAUCCAGUAAGAUGGGAUACAUGUAAGUGUGGUUUUAAAAGGUAAAAAAAAAAAAAAAAAAUGUGUACUGUUCUGGGGAAA